AUGCAAGAAGAAGAUACUUAUAAAAGUAAACCUAAAAGGGUCACAAAACCAAAAACAAUUAUUCAAGAGUUAUUUGUUGCUUUAACUAGCAGUAGAUCAUUAAUUAGUAUUUCACCUGAAACUGCUAAUAUUGGUAAAAUAUCUAAUCAAUUCUAUAAACUAUAUUAUGAUGUUAAUAUUGCUAGAAAAAAAAAGAGAUCAAGAGAACUAAAAG